UUCUGGGAGAGCGGAACGGGGAGAAGGGCCUGUAGGCCGGGAGGGCGGCGUGGCUCUCUCCGCGCCCGCUGGUUUGGGGCGGUGGUGACACCAAUCCGUGCUCUCCUCUCCGUUCCCUGUCAGACUGGAGUGUCGCUUUUAGGGAGGUCUUCCUAGCAGUAACCCAGUGCUGGAAUAUCUGAAAGGCCAGUGGGAGAGGUACAGUAAGGGUCCAGGGAGUCGGAAGGGGCCUGUCUAGUCCUGUCUAGUGGCUAAAGGUGCUUGUGGGAGAGUAAAUAAAGCAUCUGGCAUGCUUAGGUGUCAAGGUAGAUGAUUCAACCAUUCCAUUGUAAGGAGAUCCAGAGCCUUCAAACUCAUACCCAUAAGUCAUGGACUGUGGUUUCAUUUUGCUUUAUCUGAUUUUAAUGAAAAUAGUUUUUAUUCUGGAUAGUUUGUUUUCUCCCAAUUGUUACUCAUGCAAUUACCAUUUAGUAGUGUAUAUAUAACAGGGAAAGACUAAUACAGGGACUUAACAAUAGCUUUGUCUCAUCAUGCCUCUUUACUAAUAUCUUGUAAUUGUGUGUCAUAAGCCAUUUGUGUUAGUAAAAAAAAAAGUAGAUGUGAUAUCAACAAUGUUAGCCCAGUCCAAUGCUUUCUAUGACAUUGUGCUAAAUUAAAUAUACCACUUUGCAGAAACAUGUAUUUUAUAACUGAUUUAGGAUAUUCUGGAGGUGUUUGCAACCACCUGAACUUCACUUGCUUGGUUUAUGGUGGUCCUUAAACCUGAUAGGCUUCAGCUGCCAUCUGAGUUUUCAUCUCCAGUUCAUUUCCUUUUCCAUUGAGUUUCUUCUCUCGUUCUGUUUACAGCUCCUUGUGAUUUUGAUUUUGAUAUUAAAGCCUAACUAAAGCAGUCAUGAAAAUAAAUAUAACAAAAUAUUUAUGUGUUUUUUCCUUGUAUAGUUUUCCUUUCUGUUUUUGCCUGAUCAGACUAUAUAUAAUGUUUUUAGAACUGUUUCUUAUGGUUUAUGCAGGAGUCUGGCACUGGGAGACGUUACCUUAAUUGGGUUUUAUAUGCUGUCACGAAUAAAUAAAUAAUACAAGUAACUUAGAGGAGAAAUGCCUAAUAGUGCUUCUAUUUUUCUUACUGGAUAAAAAUAACUUCGAAGCUGCUUUGCAGUGGCCAUGAAUAAUCAGUGAAGACCUACGUCAUUUUAUGGAAUAUUGGAUGUUCUCAUAAUGAAGAUCUCUCUUCUGCAGCAGAUGUAUAAGGAUGUGCUGGUAGGCAUUCCACUAGCGAAGGAAAGCCAUCAUUAUACCUCUUUACUUAAUCUGUGUGUUGAACAGUCACCAGAAAGAGAUGAAUCAUGUAACUGGAUGCAUCUGCCAUCUACUAAUGGUGGUAUUAGGAGCCAUCAGGACACUGAUAUGUCAGAUGUGGUUGUCCCUGAAACAGAAGAUAUAUCAAAUAGCUUUGCAAACAUGAACUCCUCAUUCUGUCCAAGAGAAGUGAUGCUGCUUCAGUUAACCCUGAUCAAGAUGAUGGUUGCUAAAGCAGAGUCCCAGGAAAUUGAAUUCAGUGCGAGACAGAAGUACUGUGAAAUCUUUGUCCUUCUUCUGAAGGAAGCAAAAAUUGACUCAAAAUUGAUUUGUCUGCUUGGUAGUUCCGAUCAGCUUUUAUCUCACAUGGCUUCAAAAAGUUUAGCUUCUCUUGUGUAUUUCCAGCUGAAGGAAGAGAAUGCAUUAAAUGUCACCUGGCUCACCUUUAGUUUGAAGACUCUUUCAGGAUUCCCUGUGAGUACCCAGGUAGCAGAAUGUCUGUGGACUCUUACAACUAUUAUCAAGGACAUCCUGAAAGAUGAAGUUUUGCCCAAAGCAGGUAUUUUGACGAAGUUGUUGGCUCCUCUUGACGCUGUGCUUGAAGGAUUUUACAGUUCCAUUCUGUUCCAUCAUUUUGACAGUCACCACUAUACUUCACCUUAUUCUGAAGCUGCAAACAAUUUGAUCAGUUUUAUAGAUCUGCUUGAAGCACUUCUGGCUUCCAGAAUUGAAUUAGAACUACCACUCAGAUGCCAGAGAGUAUUGUUUUUGAAAGUUUCUUACAUUCUGAACCUCAUUAGCUCAUCAAUUCACUAUUUAAUCAAGAAGAAGUUCAUUAUGCUCCUUAAGAAAUGUGUCCUUUACAAGUCUAGAGAAGAUGCAAAAAGUGGAUCACUCUUCUUACAAACCCCAUCUUUAUAUGAGGAUAUGCUCGCGCUGAGUAACAGUGUUCUGCAGGUUGUGAAUUUGCCUUGGCUGACGAAGAUCCCUCUCUGUGAAAAGGCCAGCUACUUUGGAGGCAGUGAAGCUGCUCCUGGAGAUGAUACUCCUGGUAGUUCUGACCAAACUGUUCUCAGAGCCUUAAGUCUGGUUGUGCUUAAAGCUCUGGAAUUCAAGUUUCAGAACUCUGCUACAGAGGCUGAAAUCAAAGGAGACUUUCAGAGUUCCAUGUCCCAGCUGUUGAUAUUCUGGAGGAGUCAUCGGAUGUCUUCCCCACAGUCUCACCCGGUUGUACAUCACUGUGAAUGGCUCUCCUUGAUUUUCAUAGAGCAAGAUGAUGAUAUGUGGGAAGCUGCUAAAGCUUUAUUACUCAUUUAUUUAAAAUUUGAUAGGUUACGCCAUGAUGCUGCUGAUAAUUUAAGCCAAAAAGAGGAGGAAACCUGGAACUUCCUUACUCAUGCAAGUGGAUAUAAUCCUCACUGUAUCUUUUUAUUUUUUCUAGAAAAAAUUGCAUUUGAUUCCACAGUACUCCUAGACUUUUUGAUUUCAUCAGAAACUUGCUUUCUGGAGUACUUGGUAAGGUACUUAAAGCUUCUUAGGAAAGACUGGCAUCAGUUUGUAGAUGUCUGUAACCAUUUUGAUACCAAACACAGCAUGUUUCAACCAAUGUCUUCUGUCAAGCUACCCCAUCAAGGAAAACAAAUCCGUAUGAGUGAUGAGAGUUUGCAAAAUGCUUGUUGUGAACCAGAACCACAGACUCCAAUAUCUUUGGCUGCUUCUUACAAUUACUUAGUGUUUACAACAGAGCAAGGUGAUAAUGAAGUUGCAGAGUCUAACCAGUCUAACUCAUUGAUAUGCAACGAUAGUACAUCUCUGCUGGGUUCUCUUCAAAGCCUUGUUAGUUACGACAGCUCUGAAGACUCUGAAUUAGAAUCAGAUGUAAAAGAGUGCUUGGUAAACACAAAGCAGGUGCCUUUUAAUAAUGAGGGUGAGACAAGGAUAAGGGCAACUGGUUGCAGCCACACAGUGGAUACACUCAAGUCUGAAGUGUUGCCUCUGAAACAAAAGGGAUCCAAUACCUCAUCCUGUUUGACUUGUAUGGCAUCUUCAGAUAGCAUCGUUCCCCUAAGAAUAAUGCUUUGCAAAUCAACAAAAUGUUUGGAAGAACUGCAAAAAGCUAUUUCUAGGUUGCAGAGAAGAAAUCUUUUUCCAUAUAAUCCAUCUGCAUUGUUGAAACUGCUGAGCCACAUUGAGAAAAUCAGUGAGAAUGUGAAUCCACAAUAAUCCAAAGAAGUGUUCUAGUACUUUUGGUUUUUUAACUAAUACACUAGGGAACAUUUCCAUGAGAUUAGUGACUUCUAAAGCGCGUGCCUCUUGCACCUGUCAGUGUAUUUAACCUGAAUCAGGAUAAACACGCUCUUGGUUGACACCUUAAAAAUCUGCAAUUGCAUUCAGUGAUAUGAUCUUAUGGUCUUACGGUUAUUCAUGGUAUGUAUGUCAAUGUACAGUAUAUAAGAAUUAAUUGUUAGGUAUUCAAAGUUUGAUAAUAAAUUACUGAUGUGAAAGCAUAGCAACAAUAUAUGAUGCUUAAAGUAUUGUCAGUUAUUCUUAAUGUCAUUCUAUAUAUGAGGUCACUGCCAGACUGGUAAUGAUUUAUGCACUACAGUGCAGUGUUAAUGCUGAUUGCUUAGAGGUUGAGCUAAAUAAAAUAUUUUAGUUGGGGACAGUUUUGGUGUUUAUACUGUGUGUUCUGCAUCGGUGCUUUGCUUAAGUGGACAUUCAGAUGUGCUACCGUAAACA